AAAAAUGAAAACUUAAAAAGCAAUGAUGGCAGGCGAUGGAUGUUUCAAAAUCAGCCAAAAAUCUACCGGCUCUUGUAAAAAGAGAAAUUCAUUUCAGCCGUCGGAAACUAUCCGACUGUUGGGUUUGGGUUUCCAUAUUCAUCUCACCACGCAACCGCAUUGAUUUUGAUUUAGCCAUUCACCGCUGCUCUAGAGAGAUCGAUCGACACCCAUUUCCAGUUGACGAUGAGCGAUUCCGCGUUCUCAGGCCUUUCCGACGACGUCGUGCUUAUCAUACUCUUCAAGCUCCAAGACGAUCCUCGCAACUGGGCCAGGCUUGCUUGCGUUUCCACCAAAUUCUCCGCCCUAAUUAGGAACGUUUGCUGCAAAGCCAGAUGUUCCCAGACAAUUCCCUCCGUGGUUUCCGAUCUCCUUUUCGCGUCUCCCUCCGCCGCUGACUCUCCCGCCGGCGGCUGGGCCGCCCUCCACAAACUCGUCAUCUGCUGCCCUGGCCUCGCCCACGCAGGAGUCUUGUUGGAGAACUCCGAUUUCGGUCUCGACCGCGAGCUCGGUCCGGAUCAGAGCCAUCAUGACACUCGGUUGUUUCAAUUAGGUCAGUGCCAAGCUACGGCUUCUUCGAGCGGAAUUGAUGGUACUCCGGUAGCGGUUGCCUCUGGUUCCGAGUGUUCCUGGUCCUUAUUCGACGAUCUUUAUUUUGAUACGGUUCACAAUGCUUCUGAAUCUCAAGGUCUCGAAAUGUCUGAAGAUUCCAAUAGGGGUCUUAUAAAGACGGGCUGUGAAUUUUCUGUUCCUAAGAGAAGGAAGACUCGCGGAUCAUUCGGGUCUCAUUUGGCUUCGGGAGUUCGCAGCUUGAGCCGCGAGCAGGGGAAUAAGUUGCUGGCGAGUCGAUUCAGAGGCGAUUGUCUAUACAUUUGUGAUUGGCCUGGUUGUGUUCACAGCGAGGAGAAACGCAACUAUAUGCUUUUCAGGGGAAUUUUCAAGAAUUUCAAACAGUCGCGGGUUUGGAGGACGAUAAAUGAUGGGAACCGCAAUAAAAUUGACCUCAAUUGUGCGUUUUGCCCUUGCAACCAGACGUGGGAUUUACAUUCUGCGUUCUGUUUGAGGAGAGUUUUCGGAUACCAUGACGAUGGCGAGCCAGUUGUUCGAGCUUUUGUCUGCGAGAACGGCCAUGUCUCUGGGGCGUGGACAGACUGGCCCUUAUACACAUAGUUCGCUCUUUCACAUUUAUGG